AUGUUAAAUAUUCAUCCAAUUUUUACUUGGCUUAAUGAACCAGAACAUGUUGCUCGAUUUCAACGUUAUUUCGGUAUAUUACCAUUGACUGACCACAAACCUGAUCUCAUACCAAAAUCUGAUAAAAAUAAUCUCACUAAGAAAAAUAAUGAUUUAUAUCAUCGAGAACAUAAAACAGAAGUAUCUUAUGAUGCAAAUGUAUUAGAUGAAUGUAUUGAAGAAAUUCAACAUAGUACGAAUCAAAAUGAAAAUAAGAACACAAAUUCUUCAAAAAUUGAUUAUAGAGUAACAUCAUGGUUUUGGUAUUAUUUUUUUCAAUUAGGAUCUGCACUUGGAAAUGAAAUUUUUUAUAUUUUAUUUUUUCCAAUAUGGAUAUGGAAUGUUGAUGGAUGUGUAGCAAGAAAAGUAUCAAUAUGUUGGGCAUUUUUUAUGUUUAUUGGACAAGCAACAAAAGAUAUUUUAGAAAUACCACGACCACUAACACCACCAGUAUUAAAAUUAGAAAAACGUUAUAUUGAAGAAUAUGGUUUUCCUUCUACUCAUGCAAUGUUUGCAGCUGGUAUUCCAUUUACACUUGUUCUUCUAUCACAUCAACGAUAUGAUUUUAAUAUAUGGAUUGGAUUAGGUUGUGCAUUGUGUGUAUGUAUAUGGGUUUGUCUUAGUCGAAUCUAUCUUGGAAUGCAUUCAUUUCUUGAUAUCAUAGGCGGCACUAUUUAUGCAUUAAUAUUAGUCUUUGUUAUGUUUCCAUGUGUUAAUACAAUUGAUAAUUUUAUAUUAGAUUUUACUUUAUCACCUAUACUUAAUUUUUGUCUUGGAAUAUUUUUAAUAAAAUGUUAUCCAAGUGUUAAACAAUGGUCAACAGCUCGUUCUGAUACAACUGUUAUAUUGGGUAGUACAUUUGGUUUUUUAUCAUCAGCAACAUUAUUGAAUGCAAUAGGUUAUCUAGAAAAGCCAAUAUUUCCUCCAACUUAUCCAAUAAUUCCACCAAAUUUAGGUCUUUGUUUUCUACGAACAAUUCUUGGUUUAGUUUUUGUCUAUAUUACACGACAAGUAGUUAAAACAGUUGUAUUACGAUGUACAUGUUCUGUAUAUGGACUUGAUUGGAAAGAUCCAAAUUCUAAACGUUAUGCAAAAGUUGAAAUGCCUUAUUAUUAUUUAACUUAUUUUGCUAUUGGAUUUAAUAUUGGUUUUACAUGUCCAUUUCUAUUUCGUUCUAUAGGAAUUAAUCGUGAUUAUAGUUUUACAGAAUUAUGA